UUAAGAUGUUGACGGAAAAAUAGGUACAGAAAGAAAUUCCACCAAAUUUGAAGAUGCAACAACUGCAGUUUGCUUGAUUCACAAUUCUGAGAGGUGUGUUGUCUAUAUCAAAUGCGGAUCCAUCCAGUGGCAGUGCAUGGGAGUUCCCUUGGCGUCAAAGCAUCAAACGUCAAUUAUUCCUCCCAGGCCCUAGCCAGCUAACUUCAAACCAAAUAUAACGCAUGCAUAUCCAUGUUCGCUUCACUGUUUUUCAUCACUCACUUUCUACACACAAAUCAAGCCAAGAUGAGGCCCAAACCCCAUCAACCAUUCAAUUCCAAGCUGCUCCUUCUGCCGCUCUUGGUGGCCUUCUUCCUCCUCUUCGUCCUAAGAUCAAACUUGUCUACCUUCAAAGACAUGCAAGAGGAGACCCCAAAUGCUACCUCACAACCAUCGCAUUCAGUAAAGACCCAAAAUUGUUCCCCGAGUUGCAAAAAGAUACCAGUUUCUCUCUCCCAAACACUCAUCCACUACUCCACCUCAACCAUCACCCCACAACAAACGCUGAAAGAGAUAUCGGUGUCUGCAAGAGUGUUGGAGAAGAAAUCCCCGUGCAACUUUCUGGUGUUUGGGUUGGGGCACGACAGCCUCAUGUGGAGUGCACUGAAUCAUGGUGGGAGGACGGUGUUCCUGGAAGAAGACGAGGCAUGGAUGGAGCAAAUAAGGAGGCGGUUUCCGACGGUGGAGUCGUACCACGUGAGGUACGACAGCAAGGUGAAGGAGGCUGAGAAUCUGAUGGAGGUUGGGAGAGGAGAGGAGUGCACAGCAGUGGGAGACCCCAGAUACUCCGUUUGCCAGCUUGCUUUGAAGGGUUUGCCCAGUGUGGUGUACGAGACAGAGUGGGAUCUGAUCAUGGUCGACGCACCCACCGGCUACUACCAGGAUGCACCUGGGAGGAUGAGUGCCAUCUACACCGCUGGGAUGAUGAGCAGGAACAAGGAGAGUGGAGAGACCGAUGUGUUCGUACAUGAUGUCAACAGAGAGGUCGAAGACACUUUCUCCAAGGCAUUCCUCUGCGAAUGCUUCAUCAACAAACAAGAGGGCAGGCUGAGACACUUCACCAUUCCCAGCUUCAGGCACCACCCUCACCUCUUGCGCGGGCCCUUCUGCCCUCCCCCACCGCCUCCUUCCUGAUCCACCCUCAUCACUCUCAACCCAUUUAUCCACUACUGCUUCUUCAAUAAAAUAUUUCAUAACACCACAACAUUUUUUUUUUUAAUUUUAUACAAUAUUAUAAUUGUAAUUUGCUAGCCUAAAUAACUUGUAUGUUGUAUAUGAGUCCAGAUUCUAAAAAAUCAUUAUAAUUGACGAACAAAUAUUGCAUUAUCGACCAUAGAGAAAAUUACGAUACCUUACCUUUGAAUUGUGUAACUUCCUGUACAAUGAUUUUGGAUCCUUGAUAUGUGUCUGUUGAAUUUUAGCUAAA